CAAAAAUGAUUCUUCCUUUUUAGAAGUCAGUUUUUAGUUUCUUGCACUUUUAUUUCGACAAUUUAAAUAGCUUUGGAGACAUCUUCAACUUUAAUUAAUGGAUUUUUUGAGACGACCAGUGAAGGAUACCGCGAGUAACAAUGUACGCCGAUGGCGUCAAAAGUUUCACGAAGAAUACAAACAGGGACGGCGAGCAGCAAGAGAAAGUAGACAAAAUCAAUUUAGAGAAGAUCAAGUAAUGGAGUAUUUCAACAUUUAAACGCAAAGUCGUAGUCCAUCGCUGAUCAGUUGACCUUCUUCCUUUUAAUGACAGAUUAUUAAAGAAGAAUGGAAAAUGUUCUUGGAGCGAAAUCAAGAUGCUCUCAAAAGGGAAGGUUUUUCAGAUAUUAAUAUGCUGAUAGAAGAUAGUUUGUACGAACUGAACGAAGCGCAAGUGGAAAAACUUGAAGCGGAUCAGUAUCAAAUGGAAGAACAAGCAGAAAUAGAAAACGCGAUUAAAUCUUAUGAAGAGGCUAGAAAUCAAGUGAUUUGUGUCAACUGCAGAAGAGCAAUAUUAAUACCUGCCAUAGUAAAUCAUAAAUCAGUGAACUCGUGUCCUGCUUGUGGAUUUUAUACGACUGAAUCUUGUCUGCAUCAAAUUUUACAAGCUGCUAAUGCUCAUGCUGAUCACUGUACUGGAUCGAUUGGUUAUGGACUAGAAGCGGGUUCAGAUGAUACAAUUUUGGCCGCUUGCAACCAAUGUGAUCUAUGGGACCUUUUUUCUUUGUAAAUUGCAAGGAUAAGUUGAUAAUCCCAUACUUUUCUGUUGCUAAUUUUUUACAUAACGAUACCAAUACUUCAAUUCAAAUUGUAACUUUUAUUCAAGUUUAUGACCAUUAUGAUACACGAUCUUUCCAUAUUUUGCUUAACUCUUCAAUAAUAAAACACACACACACACAAAGAC